CACAAGCUGAAGUGCAUGAUAUAAGUGGCAAUCGAACCUAGUGUGCUGAUUAGAUGAGUUGAAGGCUUAGAGCAGAGAUUUAGUGACUCUGAUUGCACAUCAAGUUGUUGAGAGAACCUCAUCAGAAUGAGGAUUACGAUUUUUCUGUUGCUGAGUACCUUUGGGUACAUCGGCUGCACUCCGCUGAGGGAACGGCCUGUAAAUACAGACCACAAACCAAGCCAGUUUAAGGGACUCGAUGCAUACAAACUUCCAGAAGAUAUUAUUCCAUUGGAUUAUGUUAUACAUCUGAUUCCUUAUAUGAACGAUGCCCUGCCUCCCAAGAACUUCACAUUCGACGGACAAGUUCGCAUUCUAGUGCGUGUGGACAGAGCGACGAACCAUAUACGAAUGCACGCCAACGAUAUGACCAUCAUUAAUGAGUCGAUAAACGUGACAAACGUAGCAUCCCAAGAGACGGUGGAGGUCACUGCAGUUAAUCAGACUGAGCCUGGAGUUGACGACAGACACUUUCUGGAUAUUUUCCUCGCUGAAGAAUUAGUUCUUGAGGAAGAAUACGAAAUUUUCAUAAGUUUUAUAGGAAUCUUGAAUGAUGAAAUGGAGGGUUUCUAUCGAAGCAACUAUUUUGAGGAUGGAAAAGAAAAGUGGAUGCUUGCAACCCAAUUCGAGUCAACUGCAGCACGGAGAGCCUUCCCUUGCUUUGACGAGCCAGCAAUGAAAGCGACUUUUCAACUGAAUAUUGCGCGGCAGCCCGUUUGGAUAGUUUUGUCUAAUAUGGAAAAAUCCAUUCUGAAAGUUAAAUUAAAUUAUUACGAAUUAAAUAGGUCGGAGCCAGGUUUGGAGGAAUGGCUGUGGGUGCAUUUUGACAGAAGCGUGAGAAUGUCACCAUAUCUGGUCGCUUUCACUGUUGCCCAAUUUGGAAGUCUCCUAAGUCCAAUUGACGCACGGUUUAGGGUUUGGGCCAGGCCAGAAUACAUUCAAGCUGGUCGUUAUGCAAAUUUGGUGGCACCCAAAGUAGUGGGGUUUAUGGAGGAAUUCACUGGACACUUGUAUGCCCUGCCCAAAAUGGAUGAGAUAGCUAUUCCAGACUUUGCAGCUGGAGCUAUGGAAAACUGGGGACUAGUCACAUACAGAGAAACGGCUCUACUCUACGACGAGAAUAUUUCAACAACGUCCAGCAAACAAGGAACAGCGUCUGUUAUCGCUCACGAGUUGGCGCAUCAGUGGUUUGGAAAUUUGGUGUCGCCUAAAUGGUGGAGCAACACUUGGUUGAAUGAGGGGUUCGCGACAUUUUUCGCCGCUUAUGCAGGAUCGCACGUAGAAACUAAUAUGUCCCUGUACGAGCAGUUCGUAACUGACGACGUAGAUGCGGCUCUUAGGGUUGACGCACUCGAGUCUGCCCACCCCCUUGUGGACGAUACCGUAGAUAGUCCAGACGCAGCCUCCAGGAUUUUCGAUACCAUUUCGUACAGCAAAGGUGGCAGUGUCAUUAGGAUGAUGCUCAACUUCAUGCGAGAGGAAAAUUUUAAAAAGGGAAUAAAUGCUUAUCUCCAGGAAAUGAAAUUUGGAAACGCAGAUCAGGAUGAUUUAUGGCGUGGGUUGAGUACAGGCGUUCCUGACGGACUUCUCCCUGAGAGUGUGGAGUUCAAGGAUAUCAUGGACACUUGGGCCUUGCAGGCCGGUUACCCACUUAUCACAGUCACGAGAGAUUAUGAAACAAAUACCAUAAGUUUUUCCCAGAAACGUUUCUUUUCAACUCCGAAUGAUAAUGAGCACAAAGAAGUAUACUGGGUUCCAUUGACUAUGGUGGUGCAAGACCAAUUAGAAGAAAACGACAGCAUAACUUGGCUGUACAACGAAACUAUCACGAUCAACUCUCCUGCCGCUGACAAAUGGCUUCUCGUCAACAACGACAAAGUUGGUUACUACCGAGUAAACUAUGAUAAGGAAAACUGGAAAAAGCUAUCCGAGGCGAUAAAUGCGACGCAUUUGUUAGAUGAACUCAGCGUAAUUAACAGAGCUCAAUUGCUGAUGGACUCACUGGUGUUAGCAAGAGCCAAAGAAUUGGAUUACGAAACAGCUUUUGACACGACCAACUAUCUCGCUCAUGAGAAAGAAUUCACCCCUUGGAACGCUGCCCUCAAUGAGCUAUCUUAUGUUAGGGAUAGAAUGGUCGCAGAAGAUUCGACUAAGUUGCUCUUUGAGAGAUACAUGAAAAGCAGAAUGGGCCACCUCUAUGAACACGUCAAAGGAUUUAACGAUACCGAGCCAGAUGAGCAUGUUAUCCGUUUGCAAAAAGUUACGGUCUUAAGCUGGUUGUGCUCAAUGGGAGAUGAAGUUUGUAAUGAAGAUGGAUUUGCACUGUUUGACGAGUGGAGAAACGUAGAAAAUACUACAAUUCAUCCAGACUUAAAGAGCUUGGUUUACAAAUCUGGAAUUCGCAUGGGAGGCGAUGACGAAUACAACUUCCUCUACACAAAAUACAAAGGAACCAAUGAUUCAUCUGAAAUCAGUUUAAUUUUGAAUGCCAUGGGAUCUUCAAAUAACCAAGACUUACUUAAAAGGCUGUUGAGGGACUCAAUUGCAGAAGACUCUCCUUUCAAGUCCGAACACGCUCGUACAAUUCUCUCUGCGGUGCAGUCUAACCCUGUGGGAACCAACCUUGCACUUGAUUUUAUCAUCAACAACUUCUUCAACGCGAACAAACAGUGGGGUGAUAGUGGUAGCGUGUUUACUAGCAUUUCCAGCAGGCUCAAUACCAAUGAACACAAGCAAAAGAUUGAAAACUUCUUGGCUUCAAAUGGAGAAAAACUGACAGAAGCUGCAAAGAACAAUUUGAACUCAACUCUGCGUACUCUGGAAAUAAACUUGCAGUGGAACAGCGACCAUAAGCAAACCAUCGUGAUGUAUUUGACUCGCAAGAUAGGGGGCAACAGUGCGUCCCUGGCAAUGCUAUCACACGCUAUUUUACUGGUUGCUUUGGUCCUUCCAAAGCUUCUGUAAAAUCGGCAGCUGUGCGGGUCAUAGAAAAAAAUAAAAUUGAAUGCA